AUGCUCGGAUCAAGCAUGGAUCAGAUUCCUCUCACGGCUAGCAGAACGUGUGAUCAAUUCUGGGAUUCACAUAAUGCAUGGCUGUCACCUUGUGCAUUGCCAUAUCUGGCGUGCAUCCCGGCAAUCGUUGCAUUGCUUGUUGCAUUGAGCCAUGUGCUGGGGUACUUUUCUCACUGGCGUCCUAAAUGGACUGUUCCGUUUGUUUCGGAGCUACGUGAUACUCGCGAGCUUCCAUUAGAUGCGCCGAAGCAACCGCUACGAUGGACCAUCGCGCUUCUUAUCUGUUCGGUUAUUGGCCUCUUAGCUGAAACUGUCCAAUCCGUGCCUCCGGACAUUGAUAUGUCGGUAUUAGUUCUUGUUUUUUCAUGGGCUACUGCAUCGAUUCUGAUCGCAACCAAGCGACCAAGAUCAUGUUCGAUAUCAUUGCUUGUGUAUUACAUCUUUGCAUUUGCGAUUGAGCUAUCGUUGGCCGCUCACCCAGAUCUGAACCCGAAAUACAAGAUCAUCGCUCGCUAUAUUGCCGCCGGUGCAGCGGCUGCGGCUUGCCUAACGAUACUUUUGAUGCCAUUCCGAGAAUCAUCGCUUCAGCCAAUAGACAUCAGUGCUGUUGGUCAACAGCCAUCGAGCGACUUUCGCACCCCGGAAGAUAAUCUGAAACUUUGGCAAUUUCUCACCGUGUCCUGGAUGGCACCGCUCAUUUCGACUGGAUGCAAAAGGCAACUAAAUGAACAAGAUGUUUGGCAUCUUGGAUUUGAAUUUCAGCACAGACGUCUGCAUGAGAGGUUUCGCUGUCUCCGGGGGUCUGUUGUCAGUCGACUGUUGAGGGCAAAUGGCAUUGAUGUCUUUAUCGUCUCUGCCAUUUCAACAGUUCAGAUGCUCUGCGACUUUUCUACCCCAGUACUGUUGCAGCAACUGUUGCGGGCCAUGAAAGAUCCCACGCGACCAAAACGUGUACCCUUGACUUAUGCGCUUUUGUCCUUUGCUCUGAGACUAGUUGCGGCACAAUCCCAGGUACUGCUUCUGUGGUAUGGUCGACGAUGCUACGAGAGAUCUCGCGGUGAAAUGAUCAUGAUGGUCUAUGAAAAGGCCCUAUCAAGAAAGAACAUUUUGGGACUGAUGGUUGAAGGCAAGCCAGAGGCGCCGAACGAGGAAACAAAUGAGGCUGGUAACGAGACUUUAACCCAAGAGACACAAACUUCUUCAGGUAAAGCAGGGACAAGCCUUUGGCGACGAAUUACACAAAAGACCCAUCAAAAAGCUGAACAGAAGAAAGCCAAGGAAGCAGCCUCACUUGGAAAGAUCUUCAACUUGUUACGGGGAGAUGUUUAUGAAGUUGCCCAAAGGUUUUGGGAGGUCGACUCCUUAAUAGACAAGCCACUGGGACUUGUGAUAGCCACAGUCCUUGUCUGGACACUCUUCGGUCCCUCUUGUUUUCUGGGUAUUUUGGCUGUAUUAGUUGCGCAGGCGGUAAACGCACUGAUAACCAGGGCCCUCCUACGAUGGGAGCGAGUCAGAAGAGCAGCGACAGAUACCAGACUCCAAAUAACCUCCCAGUUCGUCGAAGCAAUCCGUCACCUGCGGUGGUAUGGGUGGCAGAACCAUUGGCUCCAGCAGGUUAUGGAAGCUCGGCAACACGAACUGAAUAUUCGCAUCGUGACCAGUCUAUGGAGUAUCUUGAUUCGCUUUGUCAAUGCCUUUGCCAGUGGCGUCUUCCCGGUCGUCGCGCUGUAUGCUUACACUUUCUUGGCGGGGCAUGAGCUGCGGAUUGACAUUAUCUUUCCUGCGUUGCAACUGUUCACUAUGUUGGAAUCUCGCCUGCGAGAUAUCCCUGGGCUCAUCACUUCGCUUAUAAAUGCGUUCAUUGCUCUAGGGCGCAUUGAGGAUUUCAUGUCUGAGCCGGAUAAAGAAUGUCUACCCCCUGAGCAGUUGAAUGCGGCUCCGAUUUCAAUGCAGUCUUGCACUUUUGCAUGGCCUGGUAAAGCUUCACCUGUUCUUGUUGACGUCGACGUCACCAUUCCUCAAGGAUUGACUAUUGUCACCGGAAAGGUUGGAGCAGGGAAGACUGCUUUCCUACAGGCUCUUCUAGGGGAACUUGAUAGACUCAAAGGAUUAUCACAUAUCCCGAAUGAAAUGGUGGGAUACUGCGCUCAGACACCAUGGCUGCAAAGCAUGAGCAUUCGUGACAACAUCCUGUUCUCCGCUCCUUACCAUGAUCAACGCUACAAGCGAACCUUAGAAGCAUGUGCCUUGCUUCCUGAUCUCGCUCAAUUCAAACAUGGAGAUUUGUCCUUUGUCGGUGAAAAUGGCAUCGGUCUUUCUGGCGGACAAAAAGCAAGAGUGGCUCUGGCGCGGGCUGUUUACAGUGCAUCCCGUGUUCUGCUUUUGGACGACCCCCUGUCCGCGCUAGAUCACAAUACGGCCGAGCUGAUAGUGCGCAAAUGCCUUUCAGGUCCGUUGAUGAAAGACCGCACUAUUGUUCUCGUGACGCAUCGAACUGCAUUAGUUCGCCAGAUUGCAGACCAAAUUGUCGAUAUCCGAGACGGACAUGCGACUGUUUAUGAUAAAGAGGCACUCCGGGCUGACGGCAUUGAAUCCUCCCUACGGUUUACUGAUACGGAAAGUGAUACUGAAACAGAAAUCACACCUGACGAAGAGACCGCUGCGGUUCCCGACAAAUUCAUCGAGGAUGAGCACCGUGCCGAAGGAGGUGUCAAGGCUCGAGUCUAUUGGAACUAUAUCAAGGCUGGAAAGUACAGAUGGUGGCUUGCCCUCGUCCUGGUCCUAGCCACAUACCGAUUGAUGGCCGUUGGGCAAUCCUGGUUCCUCAAAGGAUGGGGAGAGGCCUAUGAGCAGUCAACCGUGCUCAGGGGAAGCUCCUCAGGUCUGGAUAAUAGAUCCUCCAAUGGCCCCUGGUUAGUGUCGGCGUCCACUGUUGACACAUACUUCAUGCCUCAGAAUCCGAUGGACCGACUUCCGUCUCCUCGCGAGGAUGUCCGUCCAUGGCUAUGGGCAUUCUUUGGCAUCAUCUCCUUCCAAGCGGCGAUGCUGCUCUUUGCGCAAUUGCUAAUGCUAGUCAUCGUCUACUGCGCUGGGCAGUCGUUGUUCCGACAAGUCCUUGUUCGUGUCAGCCACGCGACCUUCCGAUAUUUGGAUACAAUCCCUCUUGGGCGUCUAAUGAACCGUCUAACCUCUGACAUUGGGGUCGUGGACGGCAACAUCAGUGAGCAAUUUCAGGUGAUCGCAUUCCAGGUCAUCACCUGGGUGUCAUCCGUGCUGGUAAUCGCCACUGCAACGCCGAUGUUCCUCUUAUUCUCCAUAGCUCUCACAGUGGCAUUCGUGCUAGUCUUCCUGCGCUUCCUUCCCACAUCACAGAGUCUCCGUAGACUCGAAAUGGUGUCCCUAAGCCCACUGAUAUCCAACUUCGGUGAGCUUUUGCACGGUUUGACUACCGUCCGAGCUUUCCACGCAGAGGCACGCUUCCAGGAUCGAGUCAUGUCCGUGGUCGAUAAGUUCCAAGGAAUGGAUCAUUUCUACUGGUCACUCCAAAGCUGGUUGAUGUACCGCUUCGAAGGCUUGUCCGCAUUCUCAACCUUUUGCCUCACGGCCCUAGCUCUAUACACCAAUACCUCACCGGGUCUAGUGGCAUUCGUACUCAUCGCCGCCAACAACUUCGUCGAGUCAACACAUGCCCUGUGCAAGCAAUACGGCCAACUCCAAAUGGACUUCGUAUCAGUCGAGCGAGUCGACGAGCUCCUCCACAUCGAAGAAGAAACACCGGGGACGAACGCAACUUUCCGCUACGCACCCGUUCUCGAACCUUCCCUAAUAGAUAUCUCCCUCCGCAUCCCGGGCGGCUCAACAACAGCAGUCAUCGGCCGCACAGGAAGCGGCAAAUCAACCCUGGCAAUGUCCCUCCUAAGUGUUAUCCGACCAGACUCCGGUCGCAUUCUCGUCGACGGUAUCAACGUAGCCGAUGUCAAUACACAGGCACUACGCACCCGCGUUACCUUUGUCGCGCAGGAUCCCGUGCUCUUCCCAGGUAGCAUCCGGCUCAAUCUGGAUCCGACGGGUGAAUACACCGAUGAGCAGUGUACCGAAAUCCUCCAGCGUCUGUGUAUUCGGCAUGGCUGGCACCUUGAUACAUACAUCGAAGGUGGAGGGAGAAAUCUUAGCCAGGGUCAGCGCCAGCUUAUCGCUCUUACGCGGGCUGUUCUGCGGCGGAGCGCUAUUGUCAUUCUGGACGAGGCGACUGCGUCAGUCGAUCAGGAGACGUCGCUUGAGAUUCAGCAGAUUAUCAGGCAGGAGUUGCGGCAGUCAACUGUUAUCACUAUCGCGCAUCGCAUCGAGGCUGUUAAGGAUGCGGAUUACUUUGUGGUUUUGGACCAGGGUCGUGUUUUGAGACAGGGACAUGUGCGGGACUUGGAGACUUGA